CGUCUCGUGAGUUACACAAUCGCAAGCGCCGUGCCAAAAGUCUUCAAUAUUGGUCAUACGUUUGAAAUCUCAGUCAUCUUGCUACCUGUUAGCUGUCUCUAUAAACCCACCAGCAAGAUAACAAUAACUUCCCAAUAUCUCCUCUUAAGCAGCUCCCUCGACCUAUUCUAGUUCCCAUAUUCAUAAUGGCCAAAUCUUUCCGCGCCCAUCUCGGCAUUCCCGACAGCACCUUCUCCCCCACCGACUCCGCCCUUCUAAUAAUCGACGCCCAGAACGAGUACGCCGACGGCGCGCUCAAGGUUACCAAUGCGUCAUCCAGCGGUGCUGUCAUCGCAUCACUCUUGAAGAAAUACCGUGAGGUGAACGGUAAGAUCGUGCAUAUCCUGCACGCAACGCCUGAGGGCGCACCGCUCUUCACGCCUGGAACGGCUCUUGCGGAGGAGUUUAAGGAAGUCAAAGCGGAGAAGCGAGACGGGGAGGAGGUGGUGUGGAAGCAAUUUCCGGGAGCGUUCGCGGAGACGGGGUUGAAGGAUUUAUUGGAGGGGUGGGGGAUCAAGAAGGUGGUGCUUGUGGGGUAUAUGGCGCAUGUUUGUGUGAGCACGACGGCGAGAGAGGCGCAUCAGAAGGGGUAUGAGGUUGUUUUGGUGGAGGAUGGGAUUGGAGAUCGGGAUAUCCCAGGUGCGAACGGGGAUGAGGUCAAAAAGAUUACUCUGUUGGAACUUAAUGAUGUCUUUGGGACUGUAUUGAAGAGCAGCGAUAUCAAGUAGAUGGGAUGAGAGGCUCCAAUAUGAACCUAGAUCUUGUUUGCUUUUCAGGAUGCGUACUAGUGGUUGAAGUCUGUGACAAUUUCCUGCGAUUAUCGAGAAGCUCUGGAAACCGAGAAGUCCACUCAUAUAUCUGGUAUACCGCCCAAGUAACGCCCCGAUGGACCCAACUCUGAAACCUUGGAACGAUACGAGAAUAAGGAAGGAAGGAGCUAACGAUGCUCUCACACGAUCAAGAUUGACCAAGCAAAAUGUUGCAUCUGAGAGACGACGAAGGACUACUCUUCAUCUUCACCCAUAUCUUCCCACUCGUCAGAUUCGCUGCCCUCGUCGUCGCCCUCUUGCUCUCCCC